AUGUAUCCCUUCUGCGGGCAGGGAAAGGAAAUCAACUGCAGCCUUGCUGCCACUUCCGAUAACACAUGCCGCCGCUACCCUUUCGAGGGAUGUAGGGAGUUCCAUGCCACUGGAAUUCCAUGCCUAAAAUUCAGAGAUUUCCACUCCGAGGCCGCGUUCUGCAGGGCAGUCGAGGCUCAAAGAGACACUAUCGUGCGAGUCUCGUUCGAGGAUUGUAACCUUGGCUGUCAUGGCGCACUUAGUUGCAAAAUGGGGAUGAAGAAGCGAGCCACGGAUCGGUUCAAUAGGCCUGUGGGUCCACCACCAGAGAGAAGGAGGGUGCGAACACACGAGAAGUCAGCGAUGAAGAGAUGGUUGAGUACCGUUCAGAGGGGCUCACUUGACCUUACGUCGAGACAGAUGUAUGAGAGUGAUGGUGGCAGCCCGGAGGAGUAUACCUGUGCUACACCUUAG